UGUAGAACUUGUAAAAUGAACAAGCUUUCAUUGUUGAGGUUCCUCAGUGCUGAACUAACAAGAGGGUACUUCCUCGAACAUAACGAGGCCAAGUAUACAGAAAGAAGAGAAAGAGUGUACACUUGUAUGCGAAUACCAAGAGAAUUGGAAAAGCUCAUGUUUUUUGGCAUCUUCCUGUGCCUGGAUGCAUUUCUGUAUGUGUUCACUCUGCUUCCUUUGAGAGUUUUCCUGGCACUGUUCAGGCUCCUUACUCUGCCUUGCUACGGCUUAAGGGACAGACGUUUGCUUCAGCCAGCCCAGGUGUGUGACAUUUUGAAGGGCGUCAUUUUGGUGAUCUGUUAUUUCAUGAUGCACUAUGUCGACUACUCUAUGAUGUACCACCUGAUAAGGGGGCAGUCUGUCAUCAAGCUCUACAUCAUCUACAACAUGCUUGAGGUUGCUGACCGCCUGUUUUCAUCAUUUGGACAAGAUAUCCUGGAUGCCCUCUACUGGACAGCAACUGAGCCUAAGGAGAGAAAGAGAGCCCACAUCGGGGUGAUCCCUCAUUUUUUCAUGGCUGUUCUUUAUGUCUUUUUGCAUGCGAUUCUCAUAAUGGUUCAGGCAACAACGCUAAAUGUAGCUUUUAACUCACACAACAAGUCUCUGCUCACUAUCAUGAUGUCUAAUAACUUUGUUGAAAUUAAAGGAAGUGUUUUCAAGAAGUUUGAAAAGAACAAUCUCUUUCAAAUGUCAAAUAGUGAUAUCAAGGAACGAUUCACAAAUUAUGUGCUUUUGCUGAUAGUAUGUUUAAGGAACAUGGAGCAGUUUUCUUGGAAUCCAGAUCAUCUCUGGGUGCUGUUUCCAGAUGUCUGUAUGGUGAUUGCCUCAGAAAUUGCUGUGGACAUUGUAAAGCAUGCCUUUAUCACCAAGUUCAAUGACAUUACUGCAGAUGUCUACAGUGAAUACAGAGCCAGCCUUGCUUUUGACCUUGUUAGUAGCCGACAGAAAAAUGCGUACACUGACUACAGUGACUCGGUAGCACGAAGGAUGGGCUUUAUUCCUCUCCCACUGGCUGUUUUACUCAUCAGAGUUGUAACAAGCUCAAUUAAAGUGCAAGGAAUCCUGUCAUAUGCCUGUGUCAUACUCUUCUAUUUUGGGUUGAUAUCCCUGAAAAUACUUAAUAGCAUCGUGCUGUUGGGGAAGUCCUGCCAGUACGUGAAGGAGGCCAAAAUGGAGGACAAGCUGUUCGACCCUCCCCCAGCCAGCGCUCCGGGCAAACCAUCCAGCAAACCACACAACAAAUGCAGACCCUCUCAAGGACUUUCCACAGAGGAAAACCUGUCUGCCUCAGUCACCAGCCAGCCUGCUCAUCAGAAGGAAAAUGUCAUACCACUACUUGUGACCAGCAGUUCUGAUCAGUUUCUGACAACUCCAGAUGGUGAUGAAAAGGACAUAACACAGGAAAAUUCUGAAUUAAAACACAGAUCCUCAAAGAAAGAUUUGUUAGAGAUAGACAGGUUCACAAUUUGUGGAAACCGAAUUGACUGAAUUCCGUGGCUUGUGCUGAGGAUGCUGGCCCUGGGCAGCAAGUGCUCUGCUGCCAGGACAGACCGAUGCUAAACAUGGCACUUGAAUAUUUAUUUAAAAACUUAAAUUAUUAAUGGCAAGCAAAUCUUAGUAUCUCUCUUCCAGUAAUGUGGUCUGGCCAAAGGUCCGAUCACGGAACAGCAGCAACCUCUGGCCUCGACUCUGGGAAACUUGACGGAGACAAGCACUUCCCGUGUGGCCAGGAGCAAGAGCUCUUGGCUUGUCACCUGGGCUCCCAGAGUGUGGCAUUGUCUCCAGGCCUCUUCAAAAUGCAGAUGUACACCUGGACAGCUGUGGAGCUCUUACCAUGAUGACUCUCCAGUCACACCAUUUUCAUAGACAGUUUUCAGACUUUACUUCAUCUGCCAAAGCAUUAAAAUUAUUAAACAUAAGUCAAGAUAAAUGUUCUUACCACCAGAAUAAUCCUUGAAGAUAUAUCUGAAUUUAUCAGAAUAAAAGGCUACCUUAAAUAAGACAUGAUGAAUAGUAGCAUUUUAUAGAGAAAAAAAAACACCCUAAGCCAUUUCAUUUAUUUAAAAAAAAUUAAUUAAUGAAGGUUAUGCAUCACUGAGAAAAUGUUUUAUAAUUUUUCAGGUUACUCUUUAAAGCAAAAUGUGAGCUAUGUUUCAUUUAAUUGCAGAGGAUAAAAUAGAAAUUCCCUUAUAAAAAGGCAGUUUUUUUUUUUUUUUACUGAAAAGGCAGAGCAGUGUUAACUUUAAGGUAUAGUUAACUGGUUUUGCUUUAAAACUAAUCAUUUCAUCAGCUAAAGGAUUUGGUGUUGAAUAAGCUGAAAAAUUGUCAGUGUACAAAAUUCAAAACUAUCAACUUUAACUGGAUUUUUUUAAGUAACAGUUUCAAAGUAAAUAUUCAAAGUGGAUCAGGCACCAUCCUCUUGCUUGGGCUUAUAAGAUGUAUUCUUCAUUCAUUCGUCAGCAGUGCACCUGUGCCCAGGCGGGGUCUGGGUUCUGCAUGGGCAGGUGCCAGGGACCGUGCCUACACUGUAGGCCAGCCUCUGCUGUUAGAGGGCCCCUUGUGAAAGUGAAUAGGGGUGUCUGUGUGUGGAUGCACGUCUGGGUGUGGGAGGCAUUUGUGGAUGUUGGGAACAGCAAUCAGAGGGUGCUUUUUGGUUUUGUUGGAGAUUAAGAUUCCACUUCUGCUUUACUGCUUGUCACAGCCUACAUUACAGGACAGGUUGUUUCCACCCCAUUUUAUCUUGAGAAUCCUUUCAGCAUUUCUAUAAAAAUUUGACCACUUCUGAUUACAGAACUGUCCAGAAGAUGGUAUUGAUCACUUUAUUUCUAUUGGUGUUUCAUUUUUGAAAUUGUUUUAUGCAAAUGUUUCAAGUAUAUUUAUGCAAAAGGCAAAUUUGGGGUGAUUUGUCUGUCCUGGGUAAAAUAUAAAGCAAGCUUUAAUGCUUUGGCUUGUUCAUUUGAAAUACAAAAGUGAAUUUUAAUGUUUUGCACUAAACUAAAGAAAUCUGAAGAUUGAUGUUGAAGAGAUUGUACAGACAUACAUUUGUGAAACCGAGAUGUAUUUUUAAGUUAAAAAUGAACAUUUUAAUUGCUUUGUGUAUGUUUCAGUGUAUCCCAUUUUAAAACCUUUUUUCCAUCUCCUUCUCACCAACAAAAGGAACAACGCUCAUGGUGAAUAGGAAUGGUUUGGAGAGAGCUUUUGCCAACAUAGCCCGGCUCAGAGCAAGAGCGUGGCUUUGGUCUACCGGUUCUGCUUGAAUGACUGUUACUGUGCUGUCAUCUUCAGAUUUUCAUUUCCUUUGCAGAUGCCCUUGGGAGUGUGGGAUGAUACUCGUUUCUUCUGUCAUAAUGGCAUUCAGUACUAAUUUUAUAAGUGCAUCUUGUGUGAAACUCAAUAAAUUCAAUUUUGUAAUCUUUUUUAAAAA